AUGUUCAAAAUAGCAAUCGUCGGCGCCGGCCCGGCAGGUGUCUCUGCAGCUGCCCGAUUGUUGAAAUCAGCCGCGAAUAAGUUCCAAGUCAACCUCUUCGACCGAAGCCUUGUUCCUUGGGGUCUUCUCCGCACUGGUGUUGCUCCAGAUCAUCCCGAAGUAAAACAUACCGCUCAAACCUGGUCAAAUGUCGCUGAUUUUCCAAACUUCCACUUUUUCGGCGGAGUGAAUGUUUCAGACUCGAACGAAAAAGGGAUCAAAUCCCAGUUUUCGCUGAAAGAACUGAUGGAAUGCCAUGAUUCCGUAUUUCUAUGCAACGGAGCGUAUAAUGCAAGAAGACUGAAGAUCCCAGGAGCCGAUUCAGAACGAGUGAUAAAUGCGCAAAAAUUAGUCGGAUAUUAUAAUGCAGAUGUGAUGCAAAAUCUUAGCUUUAAUCCUUCUCAUCUACAAGGCAACGUCGGAAUAAUUGGUGGUGGUAAUGUCGCGUUAGAUGUCGCACGAGUUCUAUUGGAGCCAGAACUUUUACAACCAACUGAUGUUAGUAAACAUUUCAUCGAGCAAGCUCAGAAAGUCGACAAGAUCUCCAUUUUUAUUCGCCGCGGACCAUUUGAUCUCCCGUGCACGACCCGAGAGCUGCGAGAGCUGAUUCAUCUCCCGUCGGUUUCGAGAAUUAUCAUAAAAGGCUUAGAUGAACCACUCGGAGAAUCAGAAAAAUACAAAAAGCUCAUGAAAUCGAGAAAAGUUCAAGAACGGAAGACGAAGCGCCUGUUAAAAUUGCUUGCUGAAUCAGAAACUGACCAGAAAGCCGGAUCGUUCGGAAAAGGAAAAACCGUCGAAUUCAACUUCUUUCAUACCCCAGAAAAUAUCUUGGACGCCGACAAUGGUGGAAUAUCUGUAGAGUUUUCUCACCAAGGAAACUCAAGACGUGUUGAUCUCUCAGCGCUGGUAGAAUCUCUUGGCUACGAGAAAACACCAGUUUCUAACUUCAUUACUGAUGUUGAUACGAAGACAGGACGAGCAAGUGCGUUCGACAGACCGAUUUACCUGUCAGGCUGGGCACUUGGCGGGGCGAAAGGAGUUGUAGGUGAUUCAACAGAGUCUUCAAGACUCGCUGUUCAAAGUUUAUUCGACGACAUUGAAAGUGGAACUCUUCAAGCUUUACCAAGACCUGACAUCGUCUCAUUACCUCAUUCUAACUGGGAGAAUUGGAGAAAAAUCGACGAAGAAGAGCUCCGAAGAGGGCAAGAAAACGGAAAACAACGUGAUAAAAUUCUUUCAAUAUCUGAAAUGCUCAAGAUAACUGAAUGA